UAAUUUUGCUUACAAUUCUAUAACGUAUAUAAAUAAGCUAUUGGCGUCCCUUUCGCUCAUCCCUUCCUCGCCGCAAUGGAAACCAUCUCAAUCUUUACCUACGGAGCUCUAUUCCUCUUGUUCCUCCAACUAACCAAACGCCUCUUCGUCUCCAGCCAAAAGAAGCUCCCACCAAGCCCACCUUCGCUUCCCAUCAUCGGUCAUCUCCACCACCUAAAGAAACCCCUCCACCAAUUCUUGGCCCGACUCUCGGCCCAACACGGCCCUAUCCUCCUCCUCCGCUUCGGCACCCGCCCAGUCCUCGUGGUCUCCUCCGCCGCUCUAGCCGAAGAGUGCCUCACUACCAACGACAUCGUCUUCGCCAAUCGCCCCAGGCUUCCCUCCUUCAGCCUCAGCUCCUACAACUACACUAACCUCGCAACCGCCAACUACGGACCCGGAUGGCGCGAGAUGCGCCGCAUCGCCAUGAUCGAGGCGCUCUCCGGCCACCGCCUAGCCUUCUUCGAGGACGUUCGGGCCGAAGAGGCCCGAGAUCUGGCCCGACGGCUAUUUCGGGAAUCGGGGGUUAGGGAUUUCACGAGGGUGGAGCUCAAGUCGCGGCUGUACGGACUGGCUAUGAACGUGAUGUUGAGGGUGAUGGUGGGAAAGCGUUACUACGGAGAGGAGGAUGGGAACGAAGAGGCGCGGAGAUUCAAGGAGAUGGUGGAGGUGACAUCCUCUAACGCCGGCGCAUCUAAUGUUGGGGAUUUUCUUCCGACAGCGAUUGGAUGGUUUUUCAGGCUAAGUGUGGAGAGAAGGCUUGCUCGAAUGCACUCGUACAGGGACAGGUUCUUGCAGGGGCUUGUGGAUGAGCGGAGGAGAAAGAGAAGGGUGGAGGAGGAGCAAGGGAGGAGUGCUAGUAAGACGAUGCUGGAUGCGAUUUUGUCGAUGCAAAAGGAUCAGCCGGAUCAGUACAGUGAUACUUUUAUCAAAUCGCUUUUUGUGACUUUAUUGGCGGCAGGUACAGACACUUCAUCGAACACCAUUGAAUGGGCAAUGUCUCUCUUGCUAAAUAAUCCAGAGAAGUUAGCCAUGGCAAGGAAGGAGAUCGACAACAAAGUUGGUCAUGAUCGAAUACUUACGGAAUCUGAUCUUCCCAACCUUCCUUAUCUUCAUUGUAUCAUCAAUGAAACGCUUCGUUUGCGUCCUGUCGUCCCUCUCCUCCUACCUCAUCACUGCUUAGAACCAUGCAAGGUUGGAGGCUUCGAUAUAUCGUCUGGGACGAUGCUUAUGAUAAAUGCUUAUGCGAUUCAAAGAGAUCUUAGUAUUUGGUCGAAGCCAACUGAAUUCAUUCCUGAGAGGUUCUUAGAUGGUGAGGCUGAGAGCGGGAAGAUGCUGCCCUUUGGCAUGGGGAGAAGGAGAUGCCCAGGAGAAGGGCUUGCAAUGAGGGAAGUUGGCUUAGUAUUAGGGACUUUAAUUCAGGGUUUUGAGUGGAGAAGAACCAGUUCUGAAGAGGUUGACUUGACGGAAGGCUCGGGCAUUACAAUGCCGAAAGCUAAUCCACUUGAAGCCCUUUGCAUGCCACGACAGAUCAUGAUAGCAACACUAUCUAAGCUCUAAGUAAUAUUAGAGUCAUGAGUUAUAUGAGAGAGCUUUGUUAUGUUUUAGUAAUUUUGACUAAGAUUAUAUUUUAGUCCCAUGCACAUUUUUUAGUCUUUGAUUGUAUUUUUAUUUUUAAAUUAUGAUAUAUGAUUGUAUGGCCAAAGGC